GGCUGGAGGGCGCAAGGCUGCGGGGUGGUGCACGGCCUCCCGCGCGAGGGGCGGUGGCGGCAGGGGUAGGUCCGACCGCGCGGACCGAGCUCCUGGCUCGGGCAGAGGCAGAGGUGACCUAGUCUUGGAAGUUCAGGCCCUGCCCUUCUCAGCGGGGCCUGCGAGAACACAGGGCGUCUGUUGAUUUCAGGUCACCGCCACAGGGCAAGCAGCCAUGAGCCUGGUGGCCUGCGAGUGUCCCCCGGGCCCUGGCCUGGAGCCUGAGCCUUGCUCCCGAGCACGGUCCCAGGCCCGCGUGUACCUGGAGCAGAUUCGCAACCUGGUGGCCCCCGGGGCCCCUGACGUGACCAAGCGCGACUACCUGGUGGAUGCAGCCACGCAGAUCCGGCUGGCCCUGGAGCGCGAUGUCAGUGAGGACUACGAGGCAGCCUUCAACCACUACCAGAACGGCGUGGACCUGCUCCUGCGGGGUGUGCACGUCGACCCCAACAAGGAGCGAUGCGAGGCUGUGAAGCUGAAAAUUACCAAGUACCUGCGGCGGGCCGAGGAGAUCUUCACCUGCCACCUGCAGAAGACCCUGGGCGGUGGGGCCGGCCCCGGCACGGGUUUCAGCAGCCUGAGGCUCCGGCCCAUCCGCACACUGAGCUCUGCCCUGGAGCAGCUGAGGGGCUGCAAGGUUGUUGGGGUCAUCGAGAAGGUGCAGCUGGUCCAGGACCCAGCGACCGGAGGGACCUUCGUGGUAAAGAGCCUGUCCAGGUGUCACGUGGCGAACCGGGAGCGGCUGACCAUCAUCCCGCACGGCGUCCCCUACAUGACGAAGCUGCUUCGCUACUUCGUGAGUGAGGAUUCCAUCUUCCUGCAGCUGGAGCACGUGCAAGGGGGCACGCUCUGGUCCCACCUGCUCUCCCAGGAGCAGCCCCAACAGUCUGGGGGCAGGUCUGGCUCCAGCCCGGAGAGGAUGAAGGCUCCGCUCAACUCACCCCUCGGCCUCCAGACCCCAGCACUGCUCCCCCUGGGACCCACCUGCCUGCCAGACAGAAUCCUUCGGGAGCUUCCACAGACUUCUCAGAGCCUUCCCCCAGCCAGGGAGGCCCCACCCAUCACUCCCCAGAGAGAGGCUGAAGGUGACCCCUCCGCCAGGACCCAUGCUUCCUGCCCUUUGGACCUUCUUAAGUCCCCAGGUGGCCGCCUGCACCUCCAAGCCAGGCGGCGACCUGGCCAGAGCUUGGACGUGAGGCCCUCUUGGGGGCUCCCUUGGGUUCAUCAGGGGGCUGUCCGGGUGCUGGGGGCCUGUGGCCGAGGCAGAAGUCCGAGCCACCCCGUAGCAGCUAGGGCCCGACCGGGGUCUGGCCGGGGCGCCUGGAGGGUGAAGGAAGAGCAGGUGAAGCAGUGGGCGGCUGAGACCCUGCUCGCCCUGGAGGCGCUGCACCAGCAGGGGGUGCUGUGCCGAGACCUCAAUCCCCGCAACCUGCUCUUGGACCAGGCAGGUCACAUCCGGCUCACGUAUUUCGGCCAGUGGGCAGAGGUGGAGCCCCACUACUGCAGGGAGGCCUUGGACAAUCUCUACAGUGCCCCAGAGGUGGGUGGGAUUUCUGAGCUGACGGAAGCCUGUGACUGGUGGAGCUUUGGGUCUCUGCUGUAUGAAAUGCUGACCGGAACCGCCCUGUCGCAGAGCCACCCCUCAGGAAUCCAGCCCCACACCCGGCUCCAGCUGCCCGAGUGGCUCAGUCGCCCAGCGGCCUCCCUGCUGACUGAGCUGCUGCAGUUUGAUCCUGCCCGGCGCCUGGGUGCUGGAGGCGGCGGUGUCUACAAGCUCAAGGCCCACCCCUUUUUCAGUACUACCCAGUGGAGCAAACUGGGGGGUCUUGAGGGUCCAUUCAAUUCACCGCCCACUGUGACUUCACAAAACACUUGGAAUGAUUGCCUAAGCUUUUAGCCAGAAGCAAAAUGUUUCUGGUCCCUGAAGAGCUGGGGUAAGUAGUUACCCCAAAGACAAUCCCCUCCCCAAGUUUGGAGGUCCUCUGAUUCCCCUCGGGGCUUAUCCUGUCACUGGGGUGUGGCGCCUAAGAAGGAAAUUUCCACCAGACCUCUGCCCCCAACUCCUUCCUUCCAGUGUCUCCACCACCACCAGGGGGCGCCUCCGACACUUCUCCAGUCUGGCUGUGAAGGUCCAACUCUAACUCUAUGGGUAGAGACCAGUCCUGCAGAGGGCACACGGGGGGAACACAGCCUGCGCCUGCUUUCCCUGGGCCUUGCCCAUACCCCCUACCCCCCAAUAAAGCCUGCCAUUGCCUAUGGUG